AUGGGCUCCAUUUCCGAAACGGCUCAUUACGACGCCAUAGUGGUAGGCGGUGGUUUCGGCGGUAUCUACAGCGUGCACAAGUUGAGAAAAUUCAAAUUUAGCUGUCACCUGUUUGAGCGCGGCAACGGCUUGGGAGGCGCCUGGCACUGGAAUUGCUAUCCAGGGGCUCGCGUCGACUCGAAUGUGCCCAUCUACCAGUUCACCGAUGACGACACUUGGGAUCAAUGGGACUGGUCUCAACGGUACCCCGGUCAAAAAGAACUCAAGGCGUAUUUUGGUCACGUCGAUCACGUUUGGGACAUCAGCAAAGACACAACCUAUAACGCUGAGGUCCGCAAGGCGUCAUGGGAUCCGGUCAUGAAGCAAUGGAAGGUAGAAUAUGUUAGUACCAUCGAUGAAGAGACGACCGGGCGCGUCACUGGACGCUUCUUGCUUUACUGUACUGGCCUCAACGCCCAGCCGUGGAUGCCAGAUUUCAAGGGCUUGGACACCUACCAGGGCUUUCUCACCCAUACCUCGCGCUGGCCUCAACAAGGUCUCGAUGUCAAGGGCAAGAACGUGGGUAUCAUUGGAACAGGCGCGUCCGGAGUGCAAGCCAUCCAAGAGAUCGGACCUCAAGUCGGCAAAUUGACUGUUUUUCAACGGACCCCAAACACGGCUCUGCCCAUGGACCAACAGCAUUACGACAAGAAGUUUAACGACAGCAUGAAGGAGGAACUUCACCCCCUGUUCGCAAAGACGCGCACCACGUGGUCAGGAUUUCUCUAUCAGUGGAGGGACGAACUCACCAAGGACGUGACACCCGCGGAACGUGAGCGAUUCUACGAGCAACAGUGGAAGAAAGGCGGUUUUGAGUUCUGGGUCGGAAACUUCAAGGACAUUGCUAUCGACCAAGAGGCCAACGACUACGCGUACGCCUUCUGGCGCCGCAAGGUGCAUGAACGCGUCAAAGACCCGCGUAAGGCGGAGCUGCUGGCGCCCAAGACCCAAAUACACCCGCUCGGCACUCGACGCCCGUGCCUGGAGACGACCUUCUAUGAGGUCUUCAACCAAGACAACGUCGACAUCGUCGACUUGCGGGCCAACAAGAUCGCAGACAUCACGGAAAAGGGCGUGAGACUCGUCGACGGAUCGGAAUACGAUGUCGAUAUCCUCAUCCUGGCGACGGGCUUCGACUCCAAUACGGGUUGUAUCACCAACGUGGACCACCGCGGCGUCGACAAGACGACCAACAUCAAGGCCCGCUGGGCCCAGGGCGUCUGGACCAACCUUGGUAUGGCAAGCUCAGGAUACCCCAACUGUUUCUACAUCUAUGGCCCACAGUCGCCCGCCGCGUUCGUCAAUGCGGCAACCCUCGUCGAGGUCCAGGUUGACUGGCUCGUCGACGUGCUCCGCCACAUGCGACGCCAGGGUUUAACAAUUAUCGAGGCCACACCGGAGCAAGAGGCCAAGUGGAGGGAGGAAGUUCUGGCGGUCGGAAACGGUGCGCUCUUCCCAAAGGCCGACGGCUGGUACUAUGGCGCCAACAUCCCCGGCAAGGCGAGGGAGCCCCUAAACUACAUGGCUGGCUUGCCCAUUUACAGGGAAAGAUUAGCGUUUGCAUCUCCUGCCCAAGGCUACGGUGGUUUCCGCGUGGAGUAA